AUUUAACAGGACCUGUAGAUCCCACCUGACGAAAAGAAAUUGAAAAUAGUUAAUACACAGGAGUAAAAUAAUACUGGCACAGAGUGGUAGACGAUAGAAAAACUUCGUCUAGAGAGAGAACGGCGGAGAGAGAGAGAGAAAGAAAGAUGAGUUCAAAUCACAAUUUCAGCUUCAGUCUCGUUGCACUCUACAAGGAUUGUUAUUCAUUUUAAUCGUCAGUCAAGGUACAUUGUAAAAUUCAGGUCAGGUAUCUUGAUAGAUGGAAAGAAAUGUAGGAAAAGGUAUGAUGGGCCAACAGAAAAACUAUGAACAAGUUGGCUAUAGUUCUGUGGAUACAAGAAAUGAGGGAAUUGGAUCUGCAAACCAAAGAACUUUUCAGGAUCCUUCCAGUUCUAUUAACACAAAUAUACGACCACCUGAUUUUAAUAUGCCAGUUGGAGCUAGGCCUGUUCUAAACUUUUCUAUUCAGACUGGUGAGGAGUUUGCUUUUGAGUUUAUGCGGGACAGGGCUUUUGCAAAACAGCACUUUAUUCCACAUUCUACUGGUGAGGCUAGUAGUACCACCUCUUAUAUGGACCUAAAGGACAUACUCGGAAUAUCUCAUGCAGGUUCUGAAAGUGGAUCUGAUAUUUCCAUGAUUGCCUCAGUGGACAAAAGUCGAGUCCAAGAUCAUGAGAGAAAGAGUACUCUAAAUGAAGAGCAUGCUUUCUCCCACACUGCACAAUCUGUGUCUAGGACCACCUCAAGGAAUAAUGAUGGACGUGGGGUUCACAGCCGUUCAAUAUCCAGACCUUCCAAAAAAUUUAAGUUCCUCUGCAGUUUUGGUGGCAGAAUUUUGCCUCGCCCGAGUGAUGGAAAACUAAGAUAUGUUGGAGGAGAUACGCGCAUUAUUCGUGUUAUGAGAGAUAUCUCUUGGGAAGAAUUUAAGGAGAAAAUAUCAACAAUAUACAGCCCAACUCACAUCAUAAAAUAUCAGCUUCCUGGUGAGGAACUUGAUGCUUUGGUGUCAGUUUCAUGUGAUGAGGACUUACAAAAUAUGAUGGAAGAAUGUAAUGUAAUUGAGGAUGGUGGAUCACAGAAACUUCGUAUGUUUCUCUUUUCCAGUAGUGACUUGGAUGAUUCUCAUCUUGGUCUUGAGAAUGUGGAAGGUGAUACAGAAUUUCAGUAUUUUGUUGCUGUAAAUGGCAUGGAUUUUGGCUCAAGGAGGAACUCAGUUGGUCUGGCAAGCACUUCAGGAAACAAUCUAGAUGAGUUACUGGGUUUAAGUAUGGAUAGAGAGAAUGGUCGAGUUGUUGCUAACUUAGCAGCAGUUGAUACUAUGCAUCCAGUGGGUGGUUCAGCAAAUCAAUCAUCUCAUAGAGUGGUCUCAAGUUCAUUACAUGAAUUGGAUUCUAAUUCACAGGAAUACCAGAAUCAAGCUACACAAUACAAUGGGGUUGAAUGGCAACAGUUAUCUACUUCACAACCUAUUGGCAACUUCUCAGUUAUAGAGAGAAAAAGCACCGUUUUACCAUCUGCUCCUCUCAGUUAUGCCUAUGGUCCUCGUACAACCAAUUAUGCACAGCUUGCAGAGGACAACUUUGUGCUAAAUUCUAGCCAUAGUCAGAUGACUCUUGAAGGAGGAGGCUUAACUGCUGCUGAGUACCCUUUAGGAAACUCCCAUGUGCUGGAUCCGGAAGUAUCAGCUAGUGAAGUCAAAUUAAAGAGAGAUGCUUCUAUCCAAAAAAGGGUUAAACUUGGAAAAUGUGAAUCUUUAGAAAAGGAGCCUAAGGAGGAAAAGAUGAAGAGAGAAAAUUCAAUGCAGAAAAUGAAUGAGCCUGAGAUAACAAGACCUUUGGAUUUUGAAAAAGCUGUUUCUUCUAAAUAUGACAACUCUACUCCCAAUAACAGUUCCAGAGUUGAAGAGCAGAUCUCUGGUGCUGCUGCAGUUAUUGGAAAUUCAGUUGUGCCAUCUAAAGGUAGUGUAAAAAAUCAGGACCAGAUGCAGAGUUCAGUGUCCGCUGAAUCUGAUAAGGAGGAAAGAAUAGAUGCAUUUAAUGAAGAUAGCAACUUAAUUGCAUCUAGUAAGGUCUCAAACUCUGGUCAUGGCAACUCUGAGUCAUACCCCUUUGACUUUAACUCUGAACCUUCUACAGCUCCUCCAAGGCUCUUCCGUUCAGAAAGAAUACCCCGUGAGCAAGCUGGCCUAAAUCGUUUGUCCAAAUCUGAUGAUUCCUCUGCUUCACCAUUUUUAAUGGCCCACUCACAAUCUGAAGGUUCACAGCACAUGUCAGAAUCAAUUGAUAAAUUUCACGAUAGGAACGAGGCUCCAGAGACAAAGCACUUAAUUUCUUCAACUCUGUCUUCUAAUCAACCUGCAGUUGAAGAUAAAAAAGUUGAAUUCCAGAAAUGUGAAGAGGUUGCUGAUAAUGCCAAAGUAGUUGGUUCACAAAUAUCUAAAGAUGGAGGUAAGACGAAUAUUCAGAACAUUGAGCUUAAAGGCACCGUCUUACCUGACAGGGACACUUCCCAGCCAAGUCUCCCUAUAAGAAGUGGUAACUUCCAGAAUGAAUCUGCAUCUAAGCCAACUGAGAACAUUAUUGAUGACAAUAAUGCAAUGGGGGAAGUAAAGUCUCUGCCAGCUGGGGCUGCUUCCCAAGUGAAGCCUUCUGUUAAUGAGCAUGGAGACAUUCUUAUUGAUAUCAAUGAUCGCUUCCCCCGUGAUUUCCUGUCUGACAUAUUUUCUAAAGCAAUGGAUGGAUCAGCAGGGGUUGCUCCAUUGCAUGGUGAUGGAGGUGGUUUGAGCUUAAAUAUGGAGAACCAUGAGCCUAAGCACUGGUCAUUUUUCAAGAAAUUAGCUCAUGAGGAUUUUGUUAGAAGGGAUGUCUCUCUUAUGGACCAAGAUCAUCCUAGUUUCCCAACUACAAAUGCACAUGUUGAUGAAGUAUCAAUGGAUUAUAGUUAUCCAACCUCCAAGAUUAGUGGAGUUGUAAUGGAUUCCCAUAUCAAUAUUCAAGCUGACAUUCAUCAGCAAUCACCUCAGAUCACUGAACCCUUGACCAUGAAUUUGCCUUCAGAUUAUAAUCCAUCUCAAGUCACUGGAAUACAAUCUAUGCAGUCUGAUGGUACAAUCAACCGAAAAACACCUGACUCAGUUUAUCAGGAUGAGGUACAAGAUGCUCAGAAUGCUGGUUUUCCCCCAGUCGACUUCCCACUGGGAGAUUUUGAUAUACACUCCUUGCAGAUCAUAAAAAAUGAAGACCUUGAAGAGUUGAAGGAAUUGGGUUCUGGAACAUUUGGCACUGUCUAUCAUGGCAAAUGGAGAGGAACAGAUGUUGCCAUCAAGAGAAUAAAGAAAAGUUGCUUCACUGGCCGAUCAUCAGAGCAGGAGAGGCUGACUGUUGAGUUUUGGCGUGAGGCUGAUAUUCUCUCAAAGCUUCACCAUCCAAAUGUGGUGGCAUUUUAUGGUGUGGUGCAAGAUGGGCCUGGAGCAACUCUUGCUACCGUCACAGAGUUCAUGGUGAAUGGGUCCCUCAGACAUGUUUUGCUUUGCAAGGACAGACACCUUGAUCGUCGCAAGAAACUCAUCAUCGCAACAGAUGCAGCAUUUGGAAUGGAAUAUUUGCAUUCAAAAAAUAUUGUGCAUUUUGACUUGAAAUGUGACAACUUGCUCGUCAACUUGAAGGAUCCUUCUCGGCCAAUUUGCAAGGUCGGUGAUUUUGGGCUGUCCAAAAUCAAGAGAAAUACCUUGGUCACUGGUGGUGUAAGGGGAACUCUUCCAUGGAUGGCUCCUGAGCUAUUAAAUGGGAGCAGCAACAAAGUUUCUGAGAAGGUUGAUGUCUUCUCCUUUGGGAUUGUACUUUGGGAAAUUCUUACCGGUGAAGAACCUUAUGCCAAUAUGCAUUAUGGAGCGAUCAUAGGUGGCAUUGUGAACAACACCUUACGGCCAAACAUACCAAACUUCUGUGACCCUGAAUGGAGAAUGCUGAUGGAACAGUGCUGGGCUCCGGACCCCGCAGCUCGGCCAUCCUUCACCGAAAUUGCUAGACGCUUACGUGCCAUGUCAGUAGCCUGUCCUAGUAGACCACAAGGUCACCUGGCUCAGACCCAGCAAUCCAAGUAAUGGCCUUUUAUCCGCCAACUGAUUCUGAUAAACAUACAGUCCAGCCAAUAUACUCAGAAAUUUAUUGUCCAUCACAUCAGUAGAAAGGAUGCUUACGUAUCGAAGUGUGAAUUGAAAUAAUGUACUGUUGACAAUUGAUAGUCGAAAGGUAUAUAUUGUUAGUGUCUAAACGUUGAAGCGUGAGAAGAAUUGCCUGCUUAUAUCCAUCCAUCUAUCUAUAUUGUAAAGCAUCAUUGUUGUUUUCUUUUUAUUUUUUAUUGUACGACUAAACACAAAUCCAGGUUUGCUUGUAAUAAUGUUUUAAUGUUUAGCUUGUGAUCAUUUUCAUGUUACCA